AUGCUGCCGGCAGCGGAGAGGAACGCCUCCCUUGACCACUCAAAUGGAGGACUUCCGCCCUCAAACCCAAACCGGACGUCGCGCGCCCAGAGCGGCAAGCCACUACUCCCCUUUCCUCUAUGGGUCCCCGAGCCCCGCGAGACUUCGCGGCCGCGCGACGCACCGGCUCCUCGGCUCUCGCGAGACUGCGGGCUCCCUUCGCGAGAGUUGGAUUUGAAAUGGCGGCGGGCGCGGCCUGCCGAGGCUCCGCUCGGCCUCACUGAGGGCCGAGAGGCUGUCCGGGGGCUCGGUCCGUCCCCGGCCGGCCCCUUCCCGUCGCUCCUCAGGCUGCUCGGCUCCGCUCGCAUGGAGCAGCUGCGGCCGCGGCUGCUGAGGACCUACUCGGGGCUGCGGGGGCGAGCAGGCCGCGGAAGGGGGGCAGGAGGAGGAGCCGGAGGGAGGCCGGCGCUGAGGCUCCUGCCGCGGAGGGCCCCCUGGAUCUCGCCCCCCGCCGACCCCAAGCGCUUCUUCAGCACCAGCUCGUCGGAGGGGGCGUCCUGCUCCCCCCGCUCCAUCGCCUCCUCCCUCGACGACCCGGAUUUCCGGCCUCCCGCCAGGGCCCAGAAAGCCCGGAAGCCGCCCGUCAGGAAAGGGGGGAAGAGGAGGAAGAACAAGGGGGAGGCCAAGGAGAACCGGCCUCCCCUAGAGGGAAGCAAGGGCAGCAGCAGCCCCUUCGUGCCCCCCACCCCCCUCCGCAGGAACAUCACCUGUCGCCGGCACCAGUGCGAGAAGGGGCCCCUGUCUCUCAUCAGGGGCCCCAGUGGGCUGCGGCGGGCUCCUCUGUUGUGCAGCACCCCUGAGUUGCCCCACCUGACUGCAGCGGUGGCCAAAAGGGAUUGGGCCCAGGAGGAGCAGGACACCAGCAGCCCCGUCUCCUGCCCCCCUGGUUGUCGCCACAGCAGCUACCCGUGGGAAGUGUUCAGAGAAGGCAGCCAGGAGACCCACCAUGGGGUCCUCAUGGAGCUGAGCUCGCUGAAGAUGGACCCGGAGGCUCAGGAGAUGGGAGACAGUUUGGAACUCAUCAGCCUGGACGAUGCCAGACGCUAUCAACAGAAAUCUGUACGAGAUGGUUCUCGGAUGGACCCCGCACUUCGGGAGCAUUUCAGGGAGACAUCUGGCUCUCCCUUCCAAGGCUGUUCUGCUUUGCAGUGUUGCGACAUCUGGAGUGGAAUGGAAGCCUCCCCGGUAAAACAGGAGCACUCUCUGGCCCAAGUGGCUGAUAAAGAUCAUGCACCAAGGCUGUCACUGUCGACAGAAACCAACCCUGUGCCACUAAGUCCUGCUCGUGGAGUUUUCCAGCUUCAAGCCAGAAUGCAGGAUGAUAAAAUUGUUCUCUGUUCGUCAGAAGACUCCAUUUUUCUUGCCAGCGAGGAACAGCUGGGCUCUGCUCAGGUAGUUAGUGCUCCUCAGAAGAUGGCUGGCAAGGUCAACAAAGUUUUGGAAGGAGUGAGCCACCACAGUACAGCUCAAAACAGCCCCCAGUUCCAGCCAGUUGUGGUUCUAGAUGAUCAAGUGGUUUUGAACUGGUUGGCUGAUCAGUCCACCAGAAAGCAAAAGAUUCCCCAUUCCUCGAAGAGGAAACAGUUCUUCCUGUCACAGUCUCCCUGUGCCCUGCCUAAAGCCUCUGAUAUGAGGAACAACCACCGGGUGGUCCCCAGUUGUGAUCCUGGAAGUACUGGCCGGAAAGCUUGCAUUAGUGGCUUCAGUUCUAAACGUUGGGGGCAACGCCAGAAAGUCGAUCAAGCGACACGCAUGAAAAACACGGGCUGGAAACAGCAGGCGGAUUCUUUCCUCCUACAGGAGCGACUUAAGUGGAAUGAAAUAGAAGACCAUCUGUCUGUCCCUUUUCUACCUUUGGACUCCUCACUCAAGAACUCCAGCUUGUGGCGUAGAAUUCGGGCCUCUUUUUCCCUCCACAAAAAGAAAAAAAUUCUGUCAGAGACCGAAAGCUUCAACAGUAGCGCUGGCAGCAGCUAUUCAGCCCAGUCUCCUCUUCCCAAGGCUUGCAAUACCCCUUUCACCCAAAAACUGGGCUAUUCCAUUUGUCCAGCUUCCUCCAUGGUCCUGCUGUCGUCCAUGACAUCUCUGUCCGUGCCAGAGACGAUGCUGACGGAUGCUGAAAAAGUCUAUGGAGAAUGCCAGCAGCAGGGCCCUGUCUUGUUUGGGGAGUGUAUCUCUCCUGAGAAGAUGCAGAAGUGUGAAAAAAUUGGAGAGGGGGUGUUUGGGGAGGUUUUCAAGACAGAGAGUGAGAGGGGAACCAUAGCUUUAAAAAUAAUUCCUAUUGAAGGUAGUGAGCGAGUCAACGGUGAACCUCAGAAGACCUUCAGUGAAAUCUUGCCAGAGAUCAUCAUUUCAAAAGAACUAAGUCUUCUUGCGGAUGAGGUGGUUAACCAAACCUCUGGGUUUAUUCGGUUGUAUUCUGUAUAUUGUGUCCAGGGCACUUACCCCGAGCAUCUCCUGAACGCGUGGGAUGAAUACCACAGGCUGAAGGAGUCUGAAAACAACCGGCCAGACUUCUUUGGGGACCAGCAGCUGUUCAUGGUCCUGGAAUUUGAAUUUGGAGGCACCGAUCUGGAGAAUAUGCAGAACAGGCAGCUGAGUUCGGUGGCUGCCGCAAAGAGCAUCUUGCAACAGGUCACGGCUUCGCUGGCCGUCGCCGAGGAGGCCCUCCGCUUUGAACACAGAGACUUACACUGGGGAAAUGUGCUGGUGAGGAAGACCAGCUUAAAAGAGGUGACUUUUACCCUGAAUGGGGAAGUCCAUGUACUUUCCACUCGAGGCAUUCUUGUGAACAUUAUCGACUACACCUUUUCCAGGCUGGAGAGGGAUGGUUUAACAGUGUAUUGUGACCUUUCCACUGACGAAGAGGUGUUCCAAGGGAGAGGGGACUACCAGUUUGAUAUUUAUAGACAGAUGAGGGAAGAAAAUGCAAACAACUGGGGUGAUUAUUUCCCCCAUAGCAAUAUUCUGUGGCUUCACUAUUUAGCAGACAAACUUUUAAAAGAGGUAUCUUACAAGAAAAAGCCUACAACUUCCUCCUUGAAACAAAUACAAAAACAACUCAGGAUGUUCUCUGCAGAGGUUCUCAAUUUCAAGUCUGCCACGGAGCUUCUUAACCUAAGUAUUUUCUUCCAGUGAAUAAAUCUUAGCUUUGAAGGCUAAUGGAGAGUUUUAGGCCUUCUGAGAUGCUUUAUAAACACACACACUACCCCGUUUCUAAACCACAUUUUAGGAUAUUGUCACACUUCUGUUGUGUUGUUUUGUGUUAUGCCUUAAUAGAUUUAAGCCUCCAACAAUCAUUUUUACUUCAAACAAAUUUUAAUUAAGAAUUUUAAAUUUGCCACCAUUGUAAAACUCCUGAAUAUUUUCCUAAGUAUUGUGGCUUAUUUUAAAAUAAAGCACAAUAUUUUAUAAUGAAACCUCAGAAAAUUAUGCUAGCUUUACUUUUGCAGUAUUAAACCUGAUUAACACUUUUAUAUUAAUAAACAUUUCUAUGUUGCCCAA